AUGGCCGCAGAGUUGGGCGCCAGCUCGAGAUGCUCUACAAAACUCAUGGAUGAGGAGGCACAGGGAAGCGAACUCAGUCCUGUGGGCCCAUCGGCCGCUAGUCCCGAUCGGGUGCCGCUAGGGCAGCAGCAGCCCAGAGCCAACCAAACCGCAGCCCUAUCUCGAGAGUCGUCAGGAGCGAAUGAUGAAGGGCGCUGGCGGGGAGGUGGCUGUCGGGGAUGGCGGGAGAUCGAUUCCUCGGGGGUCUGGUUCAUCAUUCUAUCUAACUCCGCUGUUACUUUCUGUUCUGGCGCACGGUUCUCUUCUCGAUGUUUGGGCACCUUAUUCUUCCAAAUCGGGCCCGGAAAGGGAUCCCGUUGGCGCAGACAACAGAUGGAAGAUAUACCAUGGGCGAAGGAAAAGAAAUCCGCUCCAAUACCCUCUCAUCUUCCUCCAGAUAGGAGCGGCAUACCAGAGCUGAUGGACGGAAAGAAAAAGGCUGAUUGA